AUUCUGAUUUUAGUUAUAAAGGUUAUAAAGAUUACGAAGGUUAUGAAGGUUACGAAAGUUACAAAGAUUACAAGAAUGAAAAUUAUGGUUAUGAUAAUUAUACCCUAUAUAAUGAACCACUAACUCCAACGUUAGAAACAAAUACUAAAGUGAAUAUAGCAACUGCAAUUAAUAAUAUUCUCAUAGAAUUUAAUCUUAUAAAUAAGGUAUUAGCUCUUACUAUUAAUAAUGUAUCAGCAAUGUUAGUUUGUGGAAAGACCUUAGCAGAUACUGCACAUCAUGGAUUAGAGAUUAUUGAGCAAGAAAUUACUGAGCCACUUGAAAAAGCCACAAAAUUAUUAUCUGCAACUUCUUAUCUGACUAUCGCAGAUGUUCGAUUUGUGUUUAGUAGCAUCCAAGAAUAUCUUCAAGAUUAUAUAGAUAAUGAUAUCUUUAGUCAUUAUCUUUUGGCCUUAUCAAUUAAUGAAAAAAUUAGUGAAUAUGAAACUAUAAUUGAUAAUGUGACAACUAUUGCAAUAAUUCUUGACCCACAGACUAAACUUUCACUGUUUGAGAUAGAAGCCCGAACUACUAAUGCGAUUAAUAGAACCAGAGAAGUAUUUGAUCAAUAUAUCACUACAUCUAAUAAACUAACAAAUGUUUUAUCUAACAGUAUAAAGGAUGUUAUUCUCACAACAUGUGAUUACUUUUGUGAACUUAAAUGA